AUGAACUGGGUUGGUGGAACUCGCACGCGACGCCGAGGCGGGCAACCGCAGCCAGCCACACAACAAAAGGAGUAUUUUGCUCGUCUUCGGUCAGAUCAAUGGGCAAAAAGUACCUUCCGAAAGAGAAUAUGCCGAAAACCCGAACACGCACAUCUACCUUUAGCUCACUGCUCUAGUCAACCGGCCAAUUUCCCAACCAGCAACACUUCGAUCCAACAAUCUCCCCUCGAGCCUUCACCUCAGACGACAAAGCCCAAGAGCCAGAGGCGUAGUGCAAAGCGAUACAACCAAACUGAUAUAGUAUCUCGCAGCAAGUCAUUUGUGCGAAAAUACAGCAGCCCCACCGCUGAGCCCUUUGCUCCAACUCCAGAAUCCCCUUCUCGAAACCCUCAGAGAUUGUUUCGGAAAAGGGAGCCAGGUUUCAGAGGCUUAGAUAGCGCCGUUGAUAUUCAAACUAAACAGACACAAGACCUUGGCAUUACCGACCUCUGUAAAGAAGCUAGGCCGACAAAAACCUGCAACCAGGACAAGGAGUGCGAUAGAAGGACUGAAAAUACCGCCUUUGCAGGUAGGGAACAGGAGCGUACCUCAAGUAGAGAGCUUACGCAGCAACAUCGCUUCAUAUCCUCCCACGGUGAAUCAUCAAGCUUUGCAGAAUAUGUGAGCCCAAGGGCUACACUGAAUUUGAAUUGGAAAGCAUACAUAUUAUUUCCAUAUCGAAAUCCGGCCGACAAAUCUAGGGUUGGAGCAAGGGGAAAGGAAAUGCAAGGAGCUAUUUUUGUUCUAUGA